CGGUGUUUGGGAAGAGCCGGGCAGGGACUCGGCAGGAGCCAAGAGCGGCGGAGACCCGAGGGAAUCGCUGCCCGGAGUGAAGCGCGCGAGAACACGCGAGGAGAUAACGCACUGGGGUAAGGUAAGAGGGAGCAGGAGAGAAUCCGGAUGGAUGGUGUACCCACCCGCCCCCGCCAGCCUCCUCCCGAAGAUGGAUCCACUUUUGCCGAGGAGCACCCCAGGGAGGAAAAACUUGUGGGUCGGGUUGCCCACACACGCCUGGGUGUGUUGGAGAGGGAAUUUUCCACUUUGGGAAGGCUGCUGCUUGCCUCUCCCUGGAGAUAAUUCCGUGACGGGCCAUUAGGCAAGAGCUGCUCCUGCUCCACCCGCCUCAAAGCUGAAAGAUUUUCUCUUCCUUUCUCUUCUCUGCGCUUAACAAUUUAGUUGGGAAAAGCGGGAGAUGGUGUCUUGCUUCGGACGCAGAGACUGAGCGAAGUUCCAGACUAAAGGGGCCAAGAUGAAACUUGUGUUUUCGGGAGAAGAGUUCUGUGCGUCUUGGAAGCUUGCCUCUCCCCUUACGCCAGUGGUUUUAGUUAAAUGGUUUCGGUGGCCGCGGUGGCCAUUGAAUUAUAAGCCAGAGGAGCUGGGCUCAUUUGAGCAACUGGAGAGAAAGGGAGCUGCUUAACUUUAGUGGAGGGGGGAGAAGUGGGAAGAAGAGGAAAUUGGGGGUGGGGUGGGUGAAAUCUGUUUGGAAGUGACACCUGUUGAAGUUCCCUUGUUUAACGCAGAGGGAAAUGCGCUGUGCAUCUUCUCGGAAGUACUUUUCUCCAUUCUCAUGUCACAUUAUUACUAUUUCUAUAUAGUGAUCUCAGUGUGUAUGUAUGAUUGAUUGAUUGAUUGAUUGCUUGAUUGAUUUCAUUUAUAUCUCACCUUUUUCUCCAGGGAGCUCAAGGUGGCAAACAUGGUUCUCCCCCAUCUCAUUUAAUCCCCACAACAAACUUGUGAGGUAGGUUAGGGUGAGAGGCAGUGAUUAGCCUAAAGUUCACCUAGUGAGCUUUGUGACCGAAUAGGGAUUACUGGCUCAGACAGAGGAGCCAUGCUCCGUGGUAGAGGACCUGCUGUGUAUGUUAGAAGCUUCCAGGUUUAAUCCUUGGCAUAAGGAGUUUUAGAAUGCAAUUCUGGGCACACUUUCCAGGGAGUAAGCCUCGCUGAACACAAUGCAACUUACUUCUGGGUAGAAGUGCAGACGCUUUUUCUCUCAGUCAGGGUAGACAAUGCUAGUCCAUCUCAUGUACAGCUUCGUAGAUCUAUUCCUGUAUUGGAAACUGGGGUAGCAUAAUGGCUAGAGCGUUGGCUGCAAACUGAAGAGACCCAAUGCCGUGUGCUCACUGGAUAACCUUGGGUCUCUUUGCUUAACCUACUUCACAAAGUUGACAAAACAGAUCAUGUAUAAGAGCUCCUUGGAGGAAAGAUGGGAUGGAAAUAGAUGAAUAAUGCAUGAUGUUGAGAUGCUGGCAGAAAAACAACUGAUGUUGGGGCUGAGCCCUGGGACAAGUUAGGUCCGGGCAACAUGGUUACAACCAUGGUUACAGUACUCAGCUCCAGAGUAACGUGGCUGGUUCGCUCUUAUUUAAAAUACGGUAGCUGUCAUGUAUUCCUGCAUUGGAUAUGAGUCACAUGGUCAAUCCAGGCUCCAUGUGGAAGAGCCCUAGGGACACAAGUGUAUGAAGGAAGGAGCAACUUACCCAGAUGCAGACACAACUCUAGGGAAUCUUUCCUGCAUGCUGGUUUUAAAAUGUGUCUUUGUGCCCAUGCAAAUCAGUCUCUGUAAAGUCAAAUGUGCUGGGUCUGGUGUUAGUUCCUUCCAUCCAUGGAGUUGCUUGCUUCCUGUGAAGGAACGUUAAGCAUCUGAAUCAUCCCCCAGGACAGUUAAAGCAAAGCUCAUGGCUUUUCAGAGUUUCGAUCUGGUGUCCUAACUGCUGUGUAAAUCCUGACCCCCAAGUGCAGCUUUGCACUCAUUGAUAUUCAUGUUGCUUCUCAAAUACAAAACUUUUUGUGUGCAUGGUCAGUCACUGAUUCUUGUGCACAGUCUGAAUGCUUGCAAUUGUUUUGCCCCCAAAUGAUGUUCUUUACAUUGUGUUGUGCCAUAGGUGACACAUCAUCCAGGGGCGUAGCGUGGGUUGUCAGGACCUGGGGCAAGGCAAGUAAUUUGCACCCCCAACCCGUGGAUUUGCGCCCCCUAACCCGUGGAUUUGUGCCCCUUAACCCUAACCCCCAGAUGUUGCGCCCGGUGCGGCCGGCCCCCCCCUGCACCCCCCACGCUACGCCACUGACAACAUCCAUUACUAGCUUCAGAAGUCUUUUAGAGUUGUUGUUGUUGUUGUUGUUGUUGUUGUUGAGAUUCCUGCAUUGCAGGGGCUUGAACUAGAUAACCCUCAGCGUUUCUUCCAACUCUACAAUUCUAUGAUUCUAUGAGUUUGAAGGGAGGAGAGUUCAAAGGGAUGUAGUCUGUGGGAGUGAGUUCCGUAGUUUAUAAUUAUGCAUUAGAAGAACUUCCUUAUCUCUUUCCUGAAUCUUCUAACAUGCAGCUUCAUUGACUGUCCAUUAGUUCUAUACUUAUGAAUUUGUCUAUCUUGAUAAUCUUGGCAUCAUUUGCCCAACAAUCUGUAAUACUCAGAUGAAGAGUUGGUGGAGUUUUUUUGUUUGUUUGUUUUUGGUUAGACAAGUAUGUGGGCAUAUUCUGCUUGUUCACUUGGAAUGUCAUUCCUCUGCAUAAACUGCAGCUUAGUUUCCACUGAGAUGGUAAACUUGCACAUUGGCUUCAGGUGACUAGAUGUGCCUUUACUCAUAAUGUAAUAUAAACAAUGACAACUGGGAAACACUGGCCUAUGAGCGCUCCAGUUGGAGAACAGCCUUUACCAAAGGUGUCAUGGACUUUGAAGACACUUGAACUCAGGAUACAAGGGAGAAACGUGCUAAGAGGAAGGCACGCUUGGCAAAUCCACACCAUGAUUAACUCCCCCCCCCCGAAAUCAAUGUCCCCACUGUGGAAGGACGUGUGGAUCCAGAAUUGGCCUCCACAGUCACUUACGGACUCAUUGUUAAAACCGUGUUUACAGAAGAUGAAAUCUACUCGGAGUCCUGUAGUGAUUUCAUGCUCCUUAUUGCAACCUGUAAAAAAGUGAUUGAAUUGCCCCCCAAACCUCAGGCCUUUAUAUACAUUAUUUACACAAUGAGUCCCAUCUGAUUGGCCGAUUCUUCUUCGCUCCUGGAGCCUGAUUGGGCUUCUCCUGCAACCCAAUCAAUUGUUGCAUUCUAGGAUCCUACUUGCCUAUUGUUCUAGGAUCCAAGGUUAGUACAUAACAAUCUUACUCGGCUAAAAGUGAUCGCCAAAGAAGAAGACUCAUACAUCAAUAACCUCAAGAUGGGAUUAUUGGAGUGCGGUCUAUAUGGUGCUGCCCUUAAGGCUGGUUCAGAAGCUGCAGGUACUACAGAAUGCAGCAGCACGGCUGCAUAUUAUGUGCAUUUAACAUUAUUAUUUCACCAUAUGCAUGUGAAUUAACAAGUGCAUCUUUUUUUAAAAAGAAAGUUAUCCUUUUUGUGCCCUUUUUGUUGUUGAUGAAGAUGCAUUGUGGCCGCCCUAUCAGCAUGCCUUCCCGUCUCUUGUUAUUGUUAUCUUUCCAUUUUUUUCUUCUUGGGUUGCAAAUGGGAAGCCCUUUGCUUUGUUGGCGAGGGAUGGUAUAAAAAUAGUGAAGAUUCAUUACAGCUGCAGUUGUUAUUUACCUUGGAGUGAGCCUCUUUGAUUGGUUGUUGGUCCAGCAUUUUCCUUACAACUUUGGUCAGUCAAAUCUUCCUGGAAAGUCAAGGUAACAGCCAUUCCUCCAGUCAGAGGUAUAGCAAUUCAGAAAUGCUGCCUUGCCAAAUAAAAGCUCAGUUAGGAAUUAUGUCCUUUAAAGUUGUCUGUCCUUCUUCUAAAACCACCUAAGUCACAGAAUUACAGAGUUGGAAGGGACCCCAAGAGUCAUCUAGUCCCAAGGCUCACCUCUUAUCACAUCGAUACACUUUCUGUUCUGUUUUGUUGUUGAGCAAAAAUUCAGAAUUCCCCCAAAAUACUAUCUUGUGUCAGCUGUGUGACUCAUUGUUCCAGAGACACAAGACAGGUCUCAUCCACUCUGAUGACACCUUCUAUGACUGUUGCCUUCUUGUUCGUCAUUAAAGAGGACACAAAAUUGUUGAUUAAGUGUGAUAACUGGAGGGUGUGCCCAGGUGGUGACAGUAAUAUCCUGGAAUGAGAAAACAUACCUGGAGCUUGUAGGUGACAGAAUUUGGGCUUGGAUUAGUGUUUUAAAUAGCAGCUGUCUCGCAUUUUGGGAUCUUUUCCCCCACCCUACCCUCUUCUGCCCUAUAAAAGAAAAUGGUUACUGGCGAAGCCAGUGCACCCAUAGGAUGAAUGGACCAUGUUUCAGCCUUUACCCUUGGACCUGAGUCACUGCAAUGGUUCUUGGAUAUUGCCAUGUUGCCACUCUCACUGGCAAAGCCUCAUUCCGGGAAGAGAAUCUGCAAUGUGUAGAGCUGUUUCCUCUAAUAUGAAGCUAUUGUAGCAUAGUGGCUAAAAAACUAUCUGCUCUAUGAAUGGGAAAGCCCAGGGUUUAAAUCUUCUGCCACAAACUCACUCAGGCCAGUGUGGUGCAGUGAUUUGGGUGCUGGAGAAGGGCUGGUGAGAGAUCCAGGUACAAAUCUGCACUCAGCUGUGAUGCUCCUAGGGCAACCAUGGGUCUGUUGCUAGACCUCUCAGGCAAACCUAUGUCAAAGAGAUGUUGGGAGGUUAAAAAUGGGAGUGAUAAUCCAGCAACUUCUGUGGAGUACAUUAGCGAUAUAGACCAUCGUGUGUUAGACAAAUAGUUUAAGGUAGUUUUAUCAUGAUCCCAAAGAGAUGAGAGAUCUGAUGCAGAGGUGGGCAAUUGUGUGGCGUUGAGGCCCAAGCUAGGAGGACCUGUUGUCUAACUAUCAUCCUUUUCUCACAUCUCUCUUGGUUUUUUUUACCUUUCAGUUCCUUCCAUCUCUCAACAUUUAUUGGAACUCUUGCUCACAGGAUAACUACAAUCAAACAGCACUUCAGGAAAGUGUAGCAUCUCUUUCAACAUGACCUGUACAAAUACAAGUAUGUAAUGAUGCUAACUUUGGGGGAAUGAAAACUCUUUAGGCUUCAAGCAAAGUGGGAGGAAUUUGGGUAGGGGGAAAUGCCCUAGUUUGAAGACACUUGAAAACCUACCUCAUUAGAGGUCAAAAAAUGUGGGUCCUCGUCCUAUAUAACUGGCCCAGCACUGGUACCUUUCUGUCUCAGGACCUUCCACAUCACGAAAGUUGGUCUGUCCAUUGGGUCAGAGACUUCAGAUUUUCGCACCUGAUUCUUGUUUGCCAGGUCACAAUAGCUGGUCUGUCAUGAAGCCAAUACAGUGGUACCUCAGGUUACAUACACUUCAGGUUACAGACUCCGCUAACCCAGAAAUAUUACCUCGGGUUAAGAACUUUGCUUCAGGAUGAGAACAGAAAUUGUGCUCCGGUGGCACAGCGGCAGCUGGAGGCCCCAUUAGCUAAAGUGGUGCUUCAGGUUAAGACCAGUUCCAGGUUAAGAACAGACCUCCAGAACGAAUUAAGUUCUUAACCCAAGGUACCACUGUAUACAGUUACCUCUGCUGCUCUCAACUGCGCUCCCUUUUUAUGGUUCUUUAUCCUCAAACUGGACAUGGGAUGGGCAGUCCUUCAAACAGAGGACUGUCCCUUUAAAGCUGGAAAUCUGGCUGUGUCCUACAUCUGCUUAUCUCGCUCUCUCAUAUUGCCUGCCACCCACAUCUGUUCACCUAAUUACUACCCCUUGCUCUGCCUGGCCCCAACUUGCUGCAUGCCACAACUGCCAUAGCACUGAGUGCCCAGCAAAGGAUUCAGUGUGGAACCGAGAUUUACGCGAAACCGUCUUUUGCAAACACAUGCUGUGUUUUGCACACACUUUUUGUUGCAGAUCUCUUAGCCCAUAUAUUUUCCAGCUUUCCUCAUCUUCCAUCACAGCUUGCAAAUUGCUUAAAAAAUUAUCAGGAUGGCAAAAUCCAUGCCAGACCUUAGACUUUGUAUUUGCACAAUGAUCUAGUAAAUAUACACACAACCCUGUGAUGUGACCCUCUCUCCCUUUCUCCUCCUUUGUUACAUUCUGUUUUAAAUUUUAAAGCUGGCAAGCAUGUCAAGGUUACAAUGCUGAUGGAUUUGAGAGAUAGACAUGUAGGCAUGAGAUUUGUUCAUCAAACACUGGAUGUCACCAUUGUACCACACAAGCAUCACUGAUAUCAAGAGUUAAGGGAUGGGACAGCUCCCAUUCGGUUCAAGCCAAUUUUCUUCAUGUGGAAAAGAAUUCUGCCUCUUUCACUUCCUUUGCAGCCAAAAUAAUAUUUGUCCCCCCUCCAUUGUGCAUAGAAAUCUGAACUUAAUAUUAAUGCUCUUCGGUGAGCACACUUGAUUUCAAAGCUGCUACCGUGGGUCACAUUGGAUACAGAGUCUGCCAUCUGCAGAAACUGGGGCUGCAUCAGAUGUUCAUUAAUUUCAAAUUCAUUGUAAAAUAGGGAUAAUCAAUGCAAUCAAACAAUUUAUCAGAAAAUAACUAGGCUUACUUGAACAUUAGGGACGCGGGUGGCACUAUGGGUUAAACCACAGAGCCUAGGACUUGCCGAUCAGAAGGUCGGCGGUUCGAAUCCCCGCGACUGGGUGAGCUCCCGUUGCUCAGUCCCUGCUCCUGCCAACCUAGCAGUUCGAAAGCACAUCAAAGUACAAGUAGAUAAAUAGGUACCGCUCCGGCGGGAAGGUAAACGGCAUUCCGUGUGCUGCUCUGGUUUGCCAGAAAUGGCUUAGUCAUGCUGGCCACAUGACCCGGAAGCUGUACGCCGGCUCCUUUGGCCAAUAAAGUGAGAUGAGCGCCGCAACCCCAGAAUUGUCCGCGACUGGACCUAAUGGUCAGGGGUCCCUUUACCUUUACUUGAACAUUUGUGUGAGUUCAGACUUCUCUGUAGCAACCUUCUCUGCCCUCACUUUCCUCCCAUUCAUUUGCCUUCACUGACAUUCAAGGUGACCCAUGUCACCUUGCUUGUGGGUGUACAUGAUAUCAUCACCUCUGAUGUCCCAUCAUGACAUUAUCUGGCAUCACCAGUUAAGCAUCACCUGGCUGAGAUGUUAUAUAUAAUACCAGUUGCCAGGGAAUUUUUUUUGCGUGCAAGUAUAUAUUGUUAGGGAUCUGUAAUCUCUUUUUUUCUAAGGAAGCGAACUUGGGAGAUGCUCCUGCUGUUAGAUGGUGUUGUAAAACUGUAUUGCAUUCUUGUCCUGCAAAAUAUAAAUGUUUGAUGUUGUCCUUUAAAAUGUGCGUUUCCACACUGUCAGGGUAAAGGAUGUCUUUGUUUCUCAUUUCAUAUUCAUGUUGCUUUCUAAUGUGUUUUCUGGAUGUACAUAAAAAAUGGAAUGAACACAAAAGCCUGAAAAUAGAUGAUAGCCUUUUCAGAGAGCUGAUGGCAAUUCGAAAAAGUUUGCUGACCUUGAUUUUUUCACACUACACAGGCUUCACUUUUGCUUCUGGCAGACAACUUUGCAUGGUGUUGGUUUUCUUUGCAUAGUUUCAAAGACCUCCAAAACUGGGAGGGGGUGGGAUAUCAGCAGGUCACAUGCAGGGCCGGAUUUAGGUCUGAUGGGGCCCUAAGCUACUGAAGGUAAUGGGGCCCUUUAGAUGUCCAGCUGUCCUUUGUCAACAACAAAUUGUUGCUGUUUUUUGUGUUGAAUAUAUGCUAUAUGGUAAUUUAUGGACCUAAUAGGUAUCUAAAGCCAUUUGCACAUAGCAAAAUAUGUAUUUUAUCAAAGUACAUCCAGUUAUUUUUUCCUUUAAUUCUUUGGGGGGGCCCUCAAGAGAGUGGUGUUCUAAGCUAUAGCUUGUUUAGCUUACACGUAAAUCCAGCACUGGCCACCAUGGCAGCAUAAAGCAAUAGCACUUGGCUCCACUGGUUUCUGUGACUCAAGUCUAGUGUUGUAAAAGGGAGUGAGUUAAUGGCUGAUUUGUGUGUAAUCUAGGUUAGCUAGGUAACAUAACUGAGCAGUUCUAUAGCACAAACAGAAAACCUGCAAGAUUGCUAUGAACUUCUCACUCUAAGAUCAAUAAACUCCAGCCAGCCUGGCCAGGGAGGUUCAGAUAAUCUGCUGUUGUUUAUUAAAUUUGUGUACGGCCCUUUAGCUGUAGAUCUCAGGGCAGUUCAUACAAUUAAAAAAAAAUCUAAUCUAGAGGAUCUAUAAUCUAGAGCAGGGUUUCCCAAACUUGGGUCUUCAGCUGUUGUUGGAUUUCCCAUCAUCCUGAGCUAGCAGGACCAGUGGUCAGGGAUUAAAGAAACUGUAGUCCCAAAACAGCUGGAGACCCUGAUCUAGAACAGUGUUUCUUAACCAGCCCCCCCCCCCCGGAUAUUCCAAGGGUGGCUACAGGUGAAAUUAUAUAAUGUAUAUAGCUAUAAAAUUAUAAAUAAAACAUGUUCUAUUUAUAAACAAAAUAGCUACCUUUCUACUGGUAGGAUGGGGGGGGGGAGCACAGGAAGGAAACAAGGUCGGAAGGGGGCCAUGGUUGGAAAAAGGUUGAAAAACACUGAUCUAGAGGAUACCAGGCUGGGGAAGCCUGAUGAAAACGCUCCAACCUGAAUCUUUGCAUUUCUAACUUGGAAUACAGUUAGCCAGCCCAAGUUACUUUGGAAGAUCCAGGAGUAUCGUUGGACUAUGUUGAGCCUAAACCAUUAAACUUUUUUAAGUCAAAGCCCCCAUGAAGUUUGGGAGUCAACAUGGUUAAUGUCUUAUAUUGGUUCAUGAUAAGCUCCCAGUGACCCACUAUCGUCAUGAUUCACUUUGAAGCACCCAGAUUUCCAGGGUUACCUGUUGCAAUGUCCAUUUUUUCAUCAUGUCCCUAUUAAGUCCACUGGUUUGAACCAUUGCCAUGUUUAAUAAGUCUUUCUAAUCAACGCUUGUGAUCUUUGGAUACAGGUCACCCAAAAGCCCGGAUAAUGACUACCACUCUAGUGGUGACACGGCGUGUUUUGAGAGAGGACAGGGGCGCAGAGGGGAAUUUUCUCCUGUAUGGAUCCACUGCAUCUGAGGUGACUGAAGAAACUGAAUAUAUCAAACAGGUAUGAUGUUUCACAUGAGUGUAUUAACGCUACCUUAUGCAGAGCCACAGCACUCUUCCAUCUAGCCCUGGAGUAGCCAACGUGGCGCUCUCUCCAGAUAUUGUUGAGCUACUUUGUCCAUUAUCCCUGACCUUUUACCAGACUGACAAGAGCUGAUAGGCUAGCUCAAGGGCAGCCAACAUGGUGCUUCUCAGAUCUUGUUGGACUACAAUGCCUGUCUGUGGACAUAAAGAACUUAAGGAGAGCCCAUUGAAUCAGGCCAGAGGCCUUUCUAGUCCAGCAUUCUGUUCUCACAGCAGCCAAUGAGAUGCCCAUGAAUAUCUCACAAGCAUGCCACAAAUGCAGCAGCAUACUGGACGAGACUGUCCAUGAUCUCUGGGAAUAGAUAUCUCUCAUCCGUGUUUGAAUUUCAUUGUAGAUGCUGGGCAUUGAGCCUUGGUGCUCUACCACUGAGCUCUGCCAUUUGGAUAUAGCUAUAAAUGAAUUGACAUUUUAAAGCAAAUGUCUUGAAUUUUGGGUUUUUGUUCUGGCUCUGUUGUGGGUAGCUCAGGCUUGGCAGGAGCCGAGGGGCUUUCGGGCGAUUGCCCUAAAAAAGCUCAACAGCUUUUUGUGUCCAGAUUUUUACCUCUUGAAAUAUGGCAACCCUAUCCAAAAAAGAAAACUGAAGCUUUAAAAAAAUUGAUAUUAAGGCUACUUUUUGAUACGGUACAUGAGGUUUGGUGAAACGUUUGAACUGCAUUUGUAUUUGGUCCACAGUGCAAUCCUAUGCAUGUCUAUGUACAGUAGAGGUAAGCCCCAUUGUGCCAAAUAGGGCUUUACUACCAGGUAAGCAUGUACAAAGGAUUGCUGCCUUCGAUUUCUAAGAACAGAAUAUCAAGGAUGUGACUCCUUUUGCUUUCCUCCUGCAGAUUAGAUCGACGCUAGCAAAAGUUCAGCCUUUGCUGUGUAGAAAUGAUUCAAGUCAUGGGGUUGGAAACAUCAUGCUGGAUUCAAAGGUUUGGAAGAAUUUUUGUGCUUAAAAUGUAUAAUACAAGGGCUACGUUGUGUUUGGUUACCUUGCAGUGUGCCUGACAGUCACCCUCUCUGCAGAGUGGUGGGGAACCUCAGGCCUGGGCUCCAGAUGUGUCCCUCCAGGCUUUUUUGUCUGGCCCUUGUGUUUAUCCUCCUAAUGCAGGCCACAUUGAUCACUGGCCAUCCUUGAAUGCUUCCGUUUGGCUCGAAUGUGCUCUUGAAUUCUGGUAAUACUUCUUGAAGGACAGACACAGAGAAUUGUAGGAAUUGGAAGGGACUCCAAGAGUCAUCCCGUUCAGCUCCUUCCAGUGUAGGAAUUUCAACUAGAUCAUACAUGAUAGUUGACCAUCCAACCUCUGCUUACAAACCUUCACUGAGAGCCAGUGUGGUGUAGUGGUUAAGAGCGGUAGACUCAUAGUCUGGUGAACCGGGUUCGCGUCUCCGCUCCUCCACAUGCAGCUGCUGGGUGACCUUGGGCUGGUCACACUUCUCUGAAGUCUCUCAGCCUCACUCACCUCACAGAGUGUUUGUUGUGGGGGAGGAAGGGAAAAGAGAAUGUUAGCCACUUUGAAACUCCUUCGGGUAGUGAUAAAGCGGGAUAUCAAAUCCAAACUCUUCUUCUUCUUCCCCAAGGAAGAAGAGUCCACCACCAAGGGAGUCUGUUCCACUGACAAGCAGCUCCUUUAUACUCAUGCCUCUUACAUGGGAGACACACCUGUUGCUCCACUGACUUUUGCCUCUAGCCCUGCCUGCCACUGGCAUGUGGCCCUGGGAGGGUUGGCUCAGAGGGGAGUGUGGCCCUUGGCUGAAUCAGAUCCUCACCCCUGUUGUAGGUGCUUGCUGAAUGAUGUCCACUCUUGGCUCCCACAAGAACUUGUGCAGAUUUUGAGCAAUGCGGCUGGUUCUGCCACACUGGGUGCUGUGGGGCAUUGCAACAUAGUGAAAUGAGCAGAAUGGAAAUUGACAGGCAGGGGUGCCAAAUUUUGACCUUGCACAGGACACCUCUGAAAUUUUAAUGACCGAAGUCUGCCACUAUGGGAAGGGCCAUUGGCAGAGCAUCUGACUUGCAUGCAGAAGCUCCCAAGGUCCAUCCCCAGCAUCUUCUGUUAGUUCUAGGAGAGGCUCCCUGCCUGAAACCCCAGAGAGUCACAGCCAACCAGUGUAGACAAGGCUGAGCUGGAUGGACCGAUGGUCCAAUUCAGUAUAAGUCAACUUCCUGUGUUUUCAGGAAUCUUCCCUGCAGGUUUCUGAAAUGGCAGGACUUGCCAAUUGUCCCGAAAAGCUGAUGCUAGAGGAUCAGGCUGCUUGUUAACCAGGAGGUCGUGGGCCUCUCGGAGCACAAGGCAAGAUGAAUGUUCACCAAGAAUGUUAGGGAAUAUGUGUGGCUUUUCGCUGUCUACUGCCGCUGAUCUGCAAGCCUAGGCAGAAUGGCUUUGCUGCCUGACGCAGAGUUCCAAGCGCUAAUUAAUCUUGCAGGCAGAGAAUAUCUUCCUGGGGGAAUCAAAAGUUGUUAUUUAUCAGGUCUGUUGUGCUAAUGCUUUCAAAUAUGAAACCCCAGGGAGCUGAGCAAAUAGAACAUGAUUUUUUAUUGUUAUAGUGUGUGUGUGUGUGUGUGUGUGUGUGUGUAAUAUAAACACUCUUGGGUCUCACUUCAAUGUGGAGAUGAGGACAGGGCAAGAACCUUUGGCUUGCAGGAAUGCGAGUGAUGCCUGUCUGCCAGAGCUACUUGUCCAAUUGCCUCCUUGUUAAUAUCACAGGAAGCUGAUGUAUACAAGGUCAGAUGGCUUUUCCAUCUGGUCCAGUAUUGCUUAUUCUGACUUGCAGCUGCUCCCCCUCAGUCUCAAGCAGAAGACACUGCUAUCCUUUCUUUUUAACUAGGGAUGCCAACAAAAAUCGAGUCUAGAAGCUUCUGCCUGCAAAGCACAUGCUCCUGCUAAGUUGUGACCCUCUCUGUGUUAAUUAGGGUGACUUGCGUGGCGAGUUCCUGCCCCCCCAGUGGAAAUAAAGACACAUGACACAAUUAUUAAGGUUAAUGGGCUAAAUAAGGCCACAACUUUAUUGGUUACAGGUGAUGAGCGGUAUGCUGGUAGGCGGGAAAAGAGGGAGAUCCCCUGCUGCGCCUGCGUUAAAUAGGGCAGGCCACGCCCCCAGAGCCAGCCGAUUGGCUGGCCAGGGGGGUGAAGCGGCCGGGGAUUCCCCCAAUCGCGCGGGGGCCGUGACGCCCGCAAUCCCAGCUCCUCUGCAGGGCGGAAGUGGCUUUACAAACGUCCUAACAACCCCCUUGGAUUUUGGGGUUGUGAAACAUUUUGGUUCUGGACCUUUUGUGUUCUGGACAUUUUGUGUCCAGAGUGGUACAGAUGCAUUGGGCAUCAACAUGACUUUGUUCAAACCACAGAAUGUGAGAAGUGUCCCCACAGUUUUUUGUUCCCUCCACCCCCCUUUAUAAGUUACUAGCAGCCUUGUACCUGACACAGUUCAGGAACUCUAAGAAAGCAGAAAAAUCAGUGCAGCUUUGAAAUCAGUGGUAAACAGCUGUGCAGUUUUGAAAGACGCAGUCUGCCAUCUUGAGUCAAAAUGGUGCCCAAUUGUAUCCAACGAUAGACAAAAACUUGCUCCUUGAUUUCAAGAACCGUUAUUUGGUCGUGAUAGCUUACCAGGUGCCCAAAUGCAUAGCGGGCAAACAAACAACUUUCCAAAACACACAUCUAUAGUUAGUGGAGCACUCGGGCUUUAUAUGUUCCUUGGUUAAAUCUCAGUUUGGAAAACAAUCGCGAAGCGCUAGUGCAAUCACAUUAAGGUUCCCUUUGUUGUUGUUGUUGUGCUUUAAUAAAAAUAUGCGCUUAUGCACAUCUAUAACCAGUAGAAGCAAAGCAGAUGCAAAGUGAAAACGACAGCAUUUGUUAAUUCUGAAUCCAAUUAAUCUGAAGCAGAAUGAGUCCGCAGAAUGAUAAUGAAAUGGGGGGAAAUUAACCAUCAUUAACAUGAUUUCAUAUUAGCCAUAUUCUGAAGGAUCUGAAUUGCGACCUGAUCACAACGCCCUCUCCUCCAGCUACAAGGAGACAGUGGAAAAGACGAACAAAGCAGAAAAGGAACUGUCACGCAUGAAUAAAGAAAACGAAAUUUUAAAGAUCAAGGUGUGUCCAUGUAAAAUAAGUACUUCUGUGUCCUUGCCUACAAAGAAAUCUCAUUUAUGUUUCAGCUUAGUUCUGCAAAAUAUUUUUGGUUCCUUGUUGGUUUUGAAAUCGAGAGGACUAGAAUAUGCAAACAGCUGUCAAACCUGUUUCUGGAGCACAGCACUUCAGACUGCGGCAGGGAGAUUGCACGUUUGAAUGCUUCGCCAUGUAAAAAACAUCUUGCAUAUGAAAAGCUAGACCGUGGGAAGAAACAUUUGAGGCCAAUGCUUCACUUGUUUGUUUAGAAUCUGUAUCCCACACUUCAUCAUGGAUGAUCUCAGGGUGCGUAACGACAAUUUAAAAUACAAUAAAAUGGAGAAAGAAGGGGCGGAUAAACAAAGCAGUCAAAAUAACUCAUUUGCCAGAGUGUAGUUCAUAUAGACAUUUAGUCAUACUGGGUCCCGCUUGAACUACUGCAAAGUGCUCUACGUGGGGCUACCUUUGAAGGUGACUCGGAAACUACAACUAAUCCAGAAUGUGGCAGUUAGUCUAGUGACUGGGAACCGCCGAUGGGACCAUAUAACACCAGUCCUAAAGGAUCUACUCUGGCUCCCAGUACACUUCUGAGCACAAUUCAAAGUGUUGGUGCUGACCUUUAAAGCCUUAAAUGGCCUCGGCCCUGUGUACCUGAGGUCCAGCUCCAAGGGCCUUCUGGCGGUUCCCUCACUGUGAGAAGUGAGGUUGCAGGAAUCAGACAGAGGGCCUUUUUGGCAGUGGCACCUGUGGAAUGCCCUCCCAUCAGGUGUCAAGGAAAUAAACACCUAUCUGAAGGCAGCCCUGUAUCAGGAAGUUUUUAAUGUUUGAUGUUUUAUUAUGCUUUUAUAUUGGUUGGAAGCUGGCCAGAGUGGCUGGGGCAACCUAGGACUCAGCUAUACAGCUGCAAAUAUAAUGUUUUAAGUGCAUUAUACAAAUGUGACACCAGAUGGCAGUAGUGAGCUAAUGGCAAAUUCAAUAUAUAUUCUUUUUUUAAAAAAUUAAAGCAUUUUCACAGUGGUUUUUUUAAAUAUAUGUGUAGAUUCCACCCCAGUCAGAUGUGCAGGGUACAAAAGUAGUAGUAGUAGUAGUAGUAGAAAUAAAUAAAUGAAUGAAUGAAUGAAUGCUGGAAAGAAAUGAAAGAAUUUAGCUAAUGCCAAUAGAUAGAGAUCGUUGGCACUUUCUACAUCUGGGGGAUGGGGUGAGAAGGCAAGGGUGGCAUUGCCAAGAAGGAUUUCUGGAGGGUCAUAAAUGCUCUGACUUCACUCAGUGAUAGCAUUGCCAAGAGGGCAAUAUGGGGGUGUGGCACUUGCAGACCAAAACCGAGAUACGUAAUCUCCUUUCUUGUGUGCUGGUUUUGCACAUGCUGGUACAUCUACAUUUUUUUCUUGUGGGCGAGCAUUUAAUCAUGCAAUUUUUUCCUCACCCCCACGGCAGUUUGUAAUGGUACGAUCCAGGAACAUCUGGCCACUGGUUGGCCACUGUGAGAACAAAAUGCUGGACGAGAUGGGCCUUUGGCCUCUUCCAGAAGGGGCUUGUCUCAUGUUCUCAUGGAUGGCAGUGGAAGCGAACCCAUCAAGAGUUCGCAUAAGCUACUAGCCCCUGCCUGGCCUUGAAUAUGCAAGGAAUGGUGUGCUUUGCGUUAGCUUGGCAGUGUCUGGAGCCACUGUGUGAGGCUCUGUGUUGAAACUCAAGAUUGCUGUGGAGCAUAAUGGACAUGUCUGCAAAAUAUUGGAAGUAAACACAUGGUAGGGACUGGGCUUUUGAAAGCUUGCUUGCUUGGCACCCCCACCCCCAAACCAAUGCUAGUGUUGCCACCCUUUUAACUUAAAGCCCCAGCUGUUUUUUGAUAGCAGGUCUGGGAGGAAGGUGGGCACACUCUUCCUAGUUGCUUGGCAACCGCCAGAUGCAAUUGAGCAAGUCUUUCCUGCGUUUACCGGACAGCCUGGGCUUUCUGCAGAGCAGAACAGAUGAAUUUAAGGUGAAAGGGGAGGGCAGGGAGUCAAAGCAGCUGUACAACCAAGAGAGUAUUACAUGGGAGGAAGGUUAAAAAUAAAUAAAUCAAGGCAGUCUAAAUUUCCCACCGUGACAACAAUGAAAUUCUCCUGCCCGGCCUCGACCUCUCAGUUAGUCUCCAUACUCCAUAACUGCCUGCAGAGGCAACUAAUAAUACAUACUUGGAUAUUUUAUUCAUUUUGUUGCAAUUUAAAGUAUGCUUGUCACAUUUUGAGUCAACUGCUUUUCAAGAGCAGCCUCCAUGCACAUAUAGGCAGAGAUGGAUGUGUGCACAACAGUCUGUGGGUGUGCAUGUGUGUGCACGCACACCCACCCACAGAGAGAGAAUGUUAACAAGAAGUUUCAGUUGUCUAGAUUAGGGCUGCCAUAUGUCCAGACUUUCCCUGGCAUUACCAGAAUUUCAAAGGCAGAUUUGACAUCUGGUGGGAAUUUCCAAAAGGUGGUUUCCUUAAAAAAGAAAAGAAAAGGGGUAUCCUGGUUUUUACUUUUUGAAAUAUGGCAACUCUAGUCUAGAUGAAUAUAGGAGUGUGGACUCUCUUCCUAUUGUCUCUCUUCCACUUUGGCUGCCACCUGGUGGUGGUAGCCAACUAUUGCAGCUAAGAAUACCUUUAAGCUAAGCAAAGAUGGCAAGGGAUCUGAUCCUGUCCUCUAGUAUAAACACUUUCCUAAGAUACUAAGUUGUAUGAAUGGUUGCAUGAGGUUAAGGCAGCUCAUGCAACUGAUCUUUCUCUUCCCUCCCCCAGUAUCCUCAAAAGACCUUUUUCAAAAUUUGAGGGUGGCCUCCUGAACAGAAGUGGGUUGUCCUGCCAGAGGGGUGGGGAAUCACCUGGAACUGAGGCAAGCCUCUUGCGUUCACAGUGUUCCUGCUCCAAUACUCUUCCCUCAACAUGUUUCCAGGCAAAUACAGAACAGAAAUACAGUUUCCCAUCUGUUCCAUGCCCAUUCAAAGGACUUAAGUGCCUUGGGGAAUAGAGAUAACCUAGAAUCCCUCACAGAUGAGACACAGCAGAGGUGGAGAAGCUCCAGCCCAUGUACCAAAUUCGGCCUGUGAGGCCAUUUUCCCAAGAUGUGUCCAGAUACCCAACUUGUGGCAGGAGGUUUGAGGCAGGUAACAACAUGACAGAAUCAGCUGGGUGACCAUGUUCCUCAUGGGGCUCUUGAUCACAUAGCUGCUCACCACAGAAAGCAAGCUUCAAAUCCCCUUUUCCUUUGAUUUUUAAGGCAUUGUUUUAACCUAGUAUGCUGUCUAGCAAUGGUUUGGAAUAUUACAGGGGUUUUGCUUGCUUUUGUUUCAUCUUAAUAUACCCAUUUUACACAUGCAUCUAUUUUACACUACUGCCAUCCACCCUGACUUGUUGGAACUGGAUGGUCAACAAUAUCCUAGAUAAAUAAUUUGUGUAUAUUGGUCGUCUCCAGCUUGACGCUUUGAGAGCAGCGGGCAUGGAGUCUAUGAAGAACAUGUCACAUAAACUCCAGGAGGACUACAACAAGCGCUCGGAAGAGCUCAAGAAAAGGCACGAAGGGGCCAUUCACGUAAUGAAGGUAUGAUCUUGCAUGGUCAGCAGUGACUGCUGGCUGCUUUGAAUAGGUAGUGAGAAAGGGGUUGGCAACACAACAUCCAUGGGUUGUUCAAAUUUAGCACUAAAGAGCAGGUUUUCUGGAGAAAGCAGCAGGUCAAAGGCAAAACUGUUCAGAUCCAUACCUAGAAAAUACCAGACAAGCGGAAGUGUGGGCAAGGCCUGGGUGUUGUUCAGAACCAGGGAUCAUUGUUGUUUAAUGCCCAACCAACUGUGAUUUGUAACCAGAGUUUGCUCUUGGCUUACCUAUCAUGCUUUGUUCAAGCAAAACAUACCAGGAUUCCCAAUUCGGACAUAACACUAAGCCAGAUAUUGCGGUUUGUUCGCCCUGGAGAUGAGCAAAACUGCACAGAUGGUUGCUUUCAAAGUAAACCAUUAGCUGUGGUUGAUUGUAAUGUGUGAAACGAACUGAAGUUGGUUGCCUGUGGACCUCUGAGCAUCGCUUCCUCCUCUCGUACCGCAGGCCCGCAAGCUUGAGCAAGAACAAAAGUUGCAGCAAAGCACGGACCACCUCAGUCAGCUGAACGUGCAACUGCAUGAGAAGUAUGUCCAGAUUGAAGAACUGGAGAAACGGGUGCAAAGGAUGGAAGAGGUGAGAUUCUGUUUCAUCAGUUAUGUGUGCAGGCUGCUCAUUUCUGCAAGAGCACAGACAACCCCACCACCACUACUACUACCACCACCACCACCACCACAAUCCCUUCCAAACAUGUAACUGGUAUUAGAAGUUUCUUAGGAGUCCCAGCUUCCGAAAAAACAAACAUACAAACCCCCCCCAACUUUUUGGACUGAAAGCAUGUGAGUAGCGCUUGAUGAAAUCAUGGAAGGCAGAAAAGUAGCUAUGAAUGGCCCUUCCCUCUCCCGGCAUGACUAGCUGCUACUGUGACAAGAACAGAGGACAACACAGAAACAGGAUAAAUAAUUUCAUUGAUUGAAUUCAUAUCCCAACCUUCCUCCACAAGGAGAUCCUCAGGAGGCAAAGACACCUACUAUUUAUUUUUUUUGAAGCAUUCUAAAACAAUUUAAACCCCAAAGCUCACAGGGUGACUAUGGGCCAGUCAUCAUCUCUUAGCCUAAUCUACCUCACAGGGUUUUUUGUAAGGAUGAAAGAGGAGGAGAACAAUUUGCACCACCUUGAGAUCCUUGGAAGAUUAAGGUGGUAUGUAAAUAAUGAAAACAACAAGUGUUAGAGUUUAAAAUGUUUAAAAAGUAUUUCAGGAAUGAUAGGAAUCAGAAUUAAGCAUCAGGUUCCCCACCUCUGUUCUGGAUGUACGUUUUCCUCUUAACUAAAGGUGGAUGUGCAGCUGUUUGCCUUUUAACCAGUAAAGCUGUAGAUUGUUGCUUGAGGAUUACAUUUAUAUUAUUAAUACUUUUAAUUGAACACAGCAGGUUGGACAAGCUAUUGCUGGGAAAAGGGGUUGUGUGUAUAUUUCCCCCUCUAAGAAUCUGAUUAUUGUUCUCUGCCUGUUAAAUAUAUUUCUCUGCACCAGUGAAUAUGCAAUUUUCGCAACGGAAAUGGAAAACUACAAAUAUUUGCAAGUUUCUUGGUUGUGGGAGGAUUCUUGCACAGCCCUCAGCUUGGGUUUGCAGGUGCUCUACGAUGGGGAAUGCUGUGUGAGGGCUGAGAAUCUGUUUUCUAACAAGGGUGCAAAUAGGAGCCUUUAAUUUGCUUUUUUAAAAAUCUUGCUGCUCCAUUGGUAAUUAGUAGAAAGAAGGCUGUUUGUGAGAGAGCUUUGGAGCUUACAAACGCCUACCAUUCUCAUUCUUUGUCAUCGUUCAAGCACGCUGGCAAAACCCUUUUGCAGAAUCCUUCCAGCACUGCCAGCGAACAAUCACCACCUCCUUCAUAGUAAAUAGUGAUUAGCAAUGAGAAGUGAUUGCAAUGAACAUAUUACUUAAAAUCCAAGCAUUGCCAUCUGUUCUGUUAUUAACUUGGAAGUCAAUGGGAUCACAUUCCAUUAAUAGAGUCUCAGCCAAGGAGUCAGAUUGAGACGACUUUUAAAUGUGAAAUAAUUAAAUGUGUAGUGCUUUGCUACAGUUCUGAAGGCUUCUUCCCAAUGGAAAAUAGUAGAGGAAAACUAGCAAGCCUAUUACGAAGUCAUCAGGUGGUCUUUCUGCUGGUAAUAAUCUCAUUCAGCUAAGCUUCCCUGCUUUGCAACUGCUAGGAGAGAUUUUCUGAGCGAGGUAACAGCCCAGCAUAUAUUUCUUUCUUCAUAUUUGUUGCGUAUUUAUUUCAUUUACACCCCAACUUCUUACAAUAGAACUCUCCCUGCAAGACACUCUAUUUUGACGCUGAAUGUUUGGGGUGAUGGCUCCUUCACCAUAUAUAUAUAAAUGUCCAGUAGCACCUUAGAGACCAGCUUAGUUUGUUCUUGGUAUAAGCUUUUGUGUGCAUGCAAGUGACUCUUAACCAUAGUCGACCUGCUGGGCUGGGUUCGAACAUAUAUCCAAGCCAUCAUUUAAUAAACCUUGGGUUGGUGUUAUGUGCGAAGCAGGUGGUUUAUUCGGAUCUAGCUAGAGGCAUAUGUACAGAGACAUUAUGCCUUUAGUUGCUGACUCAGUUCAUAUGUGUAGCCCUGGGCAGAUCUUCUGCAAUAAUUAUCACCAUUUAGGUGAUAUUUAGGUGCCAUUUAGGUGCAUUAUGCUGCAGUUGAAUUCCGACCAUUACAUAAAAUGAAAGCAGAAAUAGGAAAUGCAAAGUGAUUCAAGCUUUGACAACCUUCCGUUCUUAGAAACCCUGAAACUUCUUUAUUCAUAAAAAACACACAAUAUUGCCUCGAGUGUGAGAGCCUUGUGACUUUGCUGUUUCCUAGGAGAAGAAAACACUGAAAGAAAAGAAACGUUGUUUAAAGAAGAAACUACAUGAGAUGAUGUCGAACGCUGAAGAUACCUCAAGGUUUGCACAUGACUUAAAAAAAAAACCCUUCUAUGAGCAUUUCUUUAGCUUUUGAAUAGCAAAGACAGUACAAACUUUGCAAUAAUAGUGAAACAUUAUAUUCUGUGCGUGUUGGGCCCUUGCCUAAAAAGAGGCCAGGCAUCUAUAAAACCACAGGAAGAGCGAUGCUGGAUGAGGUCAAAGGCACGUCAUAGUCCGGAAUCCUGUGCUCAGAGCGGCCAAGAAGUUGCUUAAGGGUAGUGCUAUUUUUCUAAAAAAAAGAGGUGCUGGAACUUGCCAUGAAUACCUCCAUCUCUUAGAAUGGCAAUGGUGCCCACUGGAGAGAUGCUGGAACCGAGUUCUAGCAAUUUCCAGCCGAAAAAAAGCCCUGCUUAUGGGAAGCCCACAAGCAAGACCUGAACGUAACAGCACCCGUCUCACUUUGUGAUUCCUAGCCAUAAUGUUCAUGAAGAGUUUAUGUAGAUUGCCGCACCUUCGUUAGCCUUCAGUUUUCUACCCUGUAGUGAUUUUCCAACAUGCAAACCGCCCUUACUUUCCCUUCUUCUCUCUACCAGCUGUGUGAAAGUUCAGACAGAGAUCUCGACACUUCAGGAGCAAAUUAGCCACUUGGAGCACAUGAUCCAUUCGCAGCACCAAAGCUUACAUGGUGUGAUUCAACAGGUUAGAGCCUUCUAAUCAUACCCUAGUAGCAAACUGGUCCUCCGGGUGUGGAUCUCUAGGCAGCUAAACCAACACAACAAAAUACACACACAAAAGUGGGAAAUAUUGGUGGAUCUGGAGAAUCCUCAAGGUUUGCAGGUGAACAAAAAAUAUUUUUGUGGGGGGGGGACCUUUCUCAUAGGGGAAAAUCCCCCCAGUGAGAAAUGAGGAUUCUCGCUGGCCAUGGAAUGCUGGCUGACUGUUGGGGGACAAUAGAAAACCACAACAGAGGGGCGAAGGAAUGGAGUAUCCUUUUGAAGGGUAUGUACAUUUUGUUGCGGAGGAUCCCACAUCUUUGAUUUGUCAAAGAACAAUAUCACUUCCUGUUUACUUGGGAAGACUUGCAGAAACAGUUGCAUUCCAGAUUUUUAUUUAACUUAGUUUGGCCAAUAGGUCACCAUGGCCAAGAAGACUGCAUUUAUCUCAGCGCUAAGAAAGGCUUGCUUAAAUGGAGUUUGAUUGGUUUUGAUAGCUGGUGGCUACUUGAAUGUACUCUAUCUGUUUAGAUGAGGUCUGGAGAGGAACAUUUUGUCACUUUGAUUAUAGCCAGUGAAGUCUGAGUUUUUCAGCUGGCUGGCAAACAUGGAUCUAUUUGCUGUGGAGACGAUUGAUGGCACUGGCCCAAUCCCUGUUGCUCAAAAUGCCCUUAGUCGUUACUGCCGUCGUCUUCUUAAUUAAUAUAUUUAUUAAAUUUGUAUGCUGCCCUCCAUCUGAAUAAUACAGGGUGGUUCACAACAUAACAAUACAAAAUGAAAACAUAAAAUACAUAAUAAAAGCAAGAACAAAAUCAAAAGCAGACCAAUAACACCCCCUCCCACAAACACAGUUUCUGACACCUAUAUAUUUUAAUGUUACAACGACACAUUUAAAAGCACGGAACUGCUAGCUUGUGGUUCUAAUUGCCGUACAGAGUCCACAUUUAGUUUAGCUGUAUUUGGAGCAGAGGAAAAAUAAGGGGUCAUUGGAUUACACUGGUGGAAACUCAGCCAAAUGUAUUUAAAUCUACAUUCAAAUAUUGCACAUAUUGCAAAGACAACACAACCCUACAAGUACUCAUGUCAUGUACUCUCUACUCUUAAGAAAGCUGACAGUGUAGAAAUCUACCCCAGUCAUAUACUCAUAGAAGUGAGGCACCACAAAACAGUGCUUCGUUCGCACAUCACUUCAUAGUUAAUAUUAACUAUGGAUUAAAGGCGAUGGUGUGUAGUGUGCUGAUGCAUGCUUGCUAAAAUCCUGGACACUUUGGUCCUUCUCUGCUCCUGCUGUUAUGCUGCUGGGAACUAAGCCAUGGUUUGACAGAGCCUUUCCUUGAACCAAGUUUAACUAUGGUUUAAACUUUAAGUAUAUAUGUGGUUUAAAGUGACGUGCAAACCAGGCUACUCUCAUACCUCUGUGGAUGUGAUAUAACAAAACUGCACCCGGUAUGUUUUGUUACUAAUUGUAUUUCUCCAAUUUUCUUUUCUUUUUAGAUUGAAGAACUGAACAACGAACUGAAACAUCAAGAUGAAAGAAUAGAAGGGCUGAAAGAAAAGAUUGAGAUACUCCAAGCAAAGGUAAAGAAAUUACUGCGUGUGAGUGUUUAUGGUAAUGUUGUGGUCCUAUUCUACAAAUCUACAGUUGCUUUUUCUUGCACAACUGAGAGCGGUUCUCCUCAUUAAGCAGGCCAAGUAAUUUUGAACAGUGGAACUUCAAACCAUUGCAGUGGAACUGUAUUUUUGAUGCUCCCUCGUAGAGAAAGUUCAGAGCAACUGGUAAAUUAGCACAUUGGUGCAAAAGCUGUGUUAAACUUUCCUGGGUUUCUAUAGUACAGUGGUACCUUGGGUUAAGUACUUAAUUUGUUCCGGAGGUCUGUACUUAACCUGAAACUGUUCUUAACCUGAAGCACCACUUUAGCUAAUGGGGCCUCCCGCUGCUGCCGCGCCGCCAGAGCACGAUUUCUGUUCUCAUCCUGAAGCAAAGUUCUUAACCUGAAGCACUAUUUCUGGGUUAGCGGAGUCUGUAACCUGAAGCGUAUGUAACCUGAAGCGUAUGUAACCCGAGGUACCACUGUACAUGAAAUUCUGAACCAGUGGAGUUUUAAGAGUUUUGCUAUAGGCAAACAGACAGUCCAGCUCCUUGUUCCUCUAACUGGGUUUGUAGCAUCUCAAAUAUUGCAGGGGUGCUGGAGCGUUACUGAAACUUAACAGUUCCUACAAUCGGAAUUUCCUCCUUCCUGGUAGCACCCCAUUUCGUUGUUAACACUAUGCAAAAUGCUCUUCCCUGAGAUGCUUGCCUGGUGCCUUUGUUACACAUCUUUAGGCGCUAGGCAAAAGCAUUCCCCUUCUCCCAGGCUUUUGGCUAAUUAAACAAUCUAUGGCCUUUCAAACUGUGGAGGGUAUUGUUUUCAUUUGUUGCCAUGCUAUGGAUUUCUGUAUUUUUAUAUUGUAAACUUCCCUGUGAUCCUCAGAUGAAGGGCAGUACAGUGGUUCCUCCGGUUAUGAACGGGAUCCAUUCUGGAGGCCCGACCAUAUCUCAAAAACUUGGAGGUUACGCAACACGAGGUACCACUGUAUAGAAAUUUAAUAAAUAAAAUUAUUAUUAUCAUUUAACCAAGCUUAUUGUCUAGUUGAAAGUUUUCACUACCAUUUAGAUAAAUGAGGUUGACAUGUGCUCUACCUGACUUAGCUUAAUAUUUUGCGCUCGGAUGAAAUAAACUAUGUGUAUUCUUACCUCCCACUUCCAGAACAAAGAACUAAAGUACAAAGUGGAAUUCUAUUCCAGCCAGUCAAGACCAAAGGCCUCUAAAGCUGUUUCAGCAAAGUAAGACUUUUUUUUCCAACUAGCAAUCCAGCAGUUUUCUUGUUAUGCAAUUGUUUUUUGUUUGAAUAUUUAAGCUGCAGUGUUUUGGGAUCACCUCAGUUCCCCUGCCCCCAUCUCUCUCUUGGUCGUGAAUUUCUGAGCUUUUAGAAAGGAUGGAAAAAAUAAUGUAAAAGAAAUCAUGUGGCAUUGAGCAUCCCCUACGUCAUGUUUUGUUUCUGGCACUGCAAAGGCCCCUCACCACAGAAAAUCAGUGCCAGCCAAUAUGGUCAAUGGUCAAGAAUGAUGGGUGUUCCAGUCCAAUGACAUCUGGGGGGCCACAUAUUUUAUGUUCUUGACAUAGACCAGGAAUGAAACUAGGCUUUAUUUCACCUGGGUCAAAUACCCAGUUUGGCGCGCGCGCACACCCGCCGCAUUUAUGUACACAUACAGGCUGGGAGCCUCAAUGACACCGCUCUUGAGGCUUCACCCGUGGCAAAAAACACAGCUAGCCCCAGGCUGCGCACCUAGUCCUGUAGGGCCACCCAUUUACCCCAUUCAGGACCAGGGUAUUCCCCACACCCGCCCACAACCUUAUCCCCCAGAAAUGGUACUUCUGUCUUGUCUGGAUCCAACCUCAAUCCAUUAACAGCCAUCCACCCUCCAACCACCUCCAGACACUCACACAAGACAUUCACUGCCAUCACUGAAUGGAUUAUAUCCUUCUAAAAAGCUAAAGGGACCCCUGACCAUUAGAUCCAGUCGUGGCCGACUGGGGUUGCGGCGUUCAUCUCACUUUACUGGCCGAGGGAGCCGGCGUACAGCUUCCGGGUAAUGUGGCGAACGAGAGCAGCACACGGAAACGCUGUUUACCUUCCCGCCAGAGCGGUACCUAUUUAUCUACUUGGGCUUGAUGUGCUUUUGAACUGCUAGGUUGGCAGGAGCAGGGACCGAGCAACGGGAGCUCACCCUGUCGCAGGGAUUCAAACCGCCGACCUUCUGAUCAGCAAGUCCUAGGCUCUGUGGUUUAACCCACAGCGCCACCCGCGUCCCUCAAGCUAGAUGUACCAGGGGUCAAAUUCAUUGUGAGCAGCGACGGAGCUAGCUGCUCGGGCACAAUGCAAAAUUGAAACUAUCUGGUGUUUUGCGUUCUAUUCUGGCUGGCAACCUAUUAAGUGAGGAAGCAAUUCAUAGCCUAGAUACCAAGGGACGUUUUUCUUCACAAAGUGGCAAGAUCUUUAAAAGGCAGCUGAUAACAUUUGUUUGCUGUCACAGUCCAAACUCAGACAGUCUGUUACUCCACAUAGGAACUCUGCAAACCCCACUGCUUAUUGGCCUCGGCCAGCUAUUGGAGGAAGGAUGUUUUCCUCAGUGCCAUUUUGGCAUGAUGUGCUCUUCGGUCAAGCCAUCCGAACAAAACACAUGUGAAAUUGCCUGCAGGUUGCCACUGAAGCCGCAUGAACUCUUGAUUCAAUUUCAAAAGGGCAGGUAGAAAUGAAUGUGUGUGAGAGGCCCGCCAUGCUGAUGGAUGUUGCGUGCAAAUUCACCACAGCUUUUCGGUUGCUGAUUGGUUCUCAAGCGUGGCUUUCUCUGCUGAAGGAGACGCCAGCUCUUGUCUUGUGAUCUGUUGCUAGUUCAUCUGAGGUCCAUCGAAAGGACUGCGUCUUGCCCAUCCUUCUGUUCUGACUGAUGCAGAGCAUGUGGGUGUCUAUUACAGGCCAACCACUUGGUUUGCUCUCCUCGGUUAUUAAUAAGCAGUCCAUCUGCUCUGCUUUCUGGAAGGCAGGGAGAGAGAUUGGCUUCUAAGAACAAGGCUAAAGAGAAUAAUAGGGAAUGCUGGCAUGAGAUUUCGGUCCUUGGCUGCCUGUACUCUACUUCAAAUUCUAAGCACCAGCAGGGAUAUAGGAAUUUGCCUUCUACUGAGUCAAACUAGCUGAGUACCAAGAAUGGAGAAUCUGUGACCCUCUGGAUGUUGCUGGACCACAACUCCCAUCAUCCCUGGUCACUGCCCAUGCUGGCUGGGGAUCAUGGGAGGUCCAACAACAUCUGAGGGGGCUACAGGUUCCCCAUCCCCAUCUGCAUUGACUGUCAGCAGCUCUCCAGAAUUUCAGACCUGGGGCCUCUCCCAGCUCCAACUGAGGUGCUAGAUUGAACUUGAUUCAGAUUCAAUGCCCAUGAUCUGGUGUUACAUCUGAAUGUAGCUGCAGAGAACAGAAUAUUUCACAACAUGUGCAACAGUUUUAGAUGGUUCCAGGGCAGACCUACUACCUAGUAACAUUUCACAUUUAUGGACAGUUCACAAAUAUUCAAGGCAUGUCUUUAUCUCAGUAAUGGUUACAACAACCCUCUGAUGCCUGCAUAUUGCAGAAGAUGCCCAAAGGCUAAGAUAAUAGCGGGUUCCAUAAAGCCACCCACUGAGCUUAUAGCAGAUGUGAGAUCUGAAUCAGAUCUUCUUUGCUCGCUCUUCAGUCUCUUAACUCCUGUGCUAGAAAUGAUGGAAGGCAUUAUUGAGCGUGCCUUUACUCUCCAGUCACUUGCAUAUGUCUAAAGGUUCCUCAAAGCUACAAUGCAGGAAUGGGGAAGCUGUGAUCCUCCAGAUGUUGGUGGGAUACAGCUCCCAUCAUUCUUGACCAUUGACCAGGCUGUCUGGAGAUGCUGGGAGUUGGAAGGCCACAUGUUCCCCAUAAUACUGGUCCGGAAAUUCACCUUCAGAAUGUCACAUUCAGGGUAUGGUUGGCUUGCCUUGAAAAAUGAAUGUCAUUGGGGAAGUUCUCUCUCCUCCAGAUAGUUCUAAUAAUUACUAUCCACAAAAGCUAGAUUCAGCUUCGAUUUUCAAAGAGAGUAUUCACAACUGAUCACAGAAUCAGAGUUGGAAGGGGCCCGGAGGCUCAUCUAGUCCAACCCUCUGCUAUGCAGGAAUGUGCAGCUGUCCCUUACGGGGAUCAGACCUGCAACCUUGGUGUUAAUCAGGACCACACUCUAACCAACUGAGCUAUCAAAUUAUUACAAGAUGCUGGAGCAGGUAGAUAGUUCAAUUGGGUUGUACUAGCAAAUCUCCCUGGGGGAUGAAGCUGGACCAUCUUGGUAAGCAGUCGAUUGAAUUAGAUGGACCAUUGAUCUAUUCUAUACAGCAUGAUGACGGCAGUUCUUAAGGCUAUUCUUAAGCUAUUGACUCACUGCAGAGUACUGGCACAGGAUUCAUUUGCACAAAGUUAUGUUUUACCUGUAGCUGGAUGUAUGGCUCACCUGUAAUCUUCUUCUUCACCAGGCUUGACGGAAGUACACCAUACACCAUGAUUUCCAGACGCCAUAAGUGAAGCAUCUCCAGGAAACACAGGCCAUUUUUUUUGCAGAUCCACCAGAAGGAUCCCAGUUUUGUUGACUUCAUUUCAUGGAUUACUCUUCAAAAUAUGAUGCAUAGGAGAGAGAGAAAAGCCUACCCAACCUCCGCCCUCCAUCCAUCACAUCAUGUUUGGUCUUAUGUCAAUGCAGAUGGAACCACAGGAUGGCUGUCCAAUGAAAGAAGUGGAGUCAGAUGUGGAGGGGGAGCUUCAGGGGAGACUGGGCAGCUUCUUAUUUAUUUAUUUAUUGACUGUAGCUCUGUGGCUAUUCCCCACCAGUGAUGAAUGUUCACUGCCUUGACUCAUUAACUCAUGCAGAAUAAAUUUCAGAACAUUAUUCAUGCUGCACGGAGGUCUGAUGAAGCUGAUCCUCACUAGGAAGAGGAAGAGGGUUAUUGCAUGCCCUUCACCUUGAAGUACCAGGGUGGGUUACAACAAUUUAACAUGCACCACAAAAACGGUUUAAAACAACUUGCCAUCCCAAAAAUAGGGUGGAUCCUAAAAUUAAGCAUCCCGAGUGUCAAGUGCCAGGAGAAAAAGGUGCAUCUUCAGCAUUCAGUGCAGGUGCCAGAUGCCAUUCUGCAAGGAGGGACUUCCACAACUUAGGGGCUGCCACAGAGAAUGCCCUCUCCUGGACCACAGAUACACUCUGAAUUUCUGAGGGAGGUGGAACUGUGAAGAGAACUCCCUCUGCUGAUCUUAACACAAGAGGGUCCAUUGGAAAGAAGAUGUUUCAUAUAUUUGUACCCUAAGUUGUUUAGAGCUUUAAACGUAGGUGAGCAUCUUGAACCUCAGAACUAACUGGCAACCAUUGUAGCUUUUAUUUUAUUUUUAAAGGGGUUUUAAAUUGUGAGGCCCUGCUUCUCCCAUAGUCACAGCCUUGUUGGAAUCCAGCAUGGCUCUGACUCACAGCUUCUGCCUGCAGCAUGUUUUCUGCUCACUUCAAACACAACUCUGGCCUUUUCCCUUCUCACUACCAGCCCGAUGAGGGAGGGGUCCUACCCAUUUGCCCUCUGGCACAAAGCAACUUCCCUUCUUAUACUAAUGACCAGUAAAGGUAAAGGACCCCUGACAGUUAAGUCCAGUCGCAGACAACUGGGUGGUUGCGGCGCUCAUCUCGCUUUACUGGCCGAGGGAGCUGGCGUUUGUCUGCAGACAGUUUUUCUGGGUCAUAUAGCCAGCAUGAUGAAGCUGCUUCUGGCAAAACCAGAGCAGUGCACGGAAACGUCGUUUACCUUCCCACCGGAGUGGUACCUAUUUAUCUACUUGCACUUUUUGGUGUGCUUUCGAACUGCUAGGUUGGCAGGAGCUGGGACUGAGCAACAGGAGCUCACCCUGUUGCGCGGAUUCGAACUGCCAACCUUUUGAUCGGCAAGCCCAAGGCUUGGUGGUUUAGACCACAGCGCCACCCGUACUUAGGGCCAUUAACAAGAAACUUGCCCGGCUCCUUCAACAGUGUCUCUGUAGGAAUUUAAGCUGGAGCUUUUCCCAGCCAGCCCUACCUUGGGACACCAGGGACUGGACCUGGGAUUAAAAAAUUUUUUUUGCAUGCAAGUCCACUCUAUGAUGGAGCUACGAACCUUUUUUUUUUAUGAUACAGUUCUGGUGCGAAAAUCAUUGUAGCUCAGUGCUAUACUCUCCUUUACUAAGAACAAAGCCCUACCAAGUUCGAUGGGACUGAUUUCUAAGUACACACAGACUUACAGGUAGGGAUGUACAAAUUAACCACGCAACCCAAAUUCUUAGUGUCUUAGAGAGCCAGUGGGGGCCAUCACAAGUUGUGCAGGUUUGCCCAGGUUAUGCUUCUCCAUUGCACCCACUGGUUCCUUACCAGCUGUGUUGCCCUCUUGUCAAGAGGAAGUGAUUUAAUUAAUUAGACUCCAUUUGAAAUUACAAACUGCAAAGCCUACAGGAGUGCAUCUUCUCAAAAACAUCCUUCAUGCUGUGUCUGAUGAGCUGUUGUUCUUUAACCUGAAACCCCCCCCUUUUUGGUCCAGGUAUAUGAUUUAACAGCAGCAUUGAAGCAAGUAUAGAAGUUUGCACUUUCUGAAUCAUGGAUUUGAGUAAUUUCGAUAGCAUCCCAGGUUUAGGGCCAAAUUUACAUGGGGACAUCCCAAAAUCAGAUGGUGUGGUGUUUCCAUUUUUAUUUUAAAGCAUCUGCUCAGGGACGACAAUUGUGCUCAGGGAGGGAGACAUUUAACCCUUUCCCAACAGGGAAGUUUCCUUACCUGAAUCCAACAUAUGGCCCAUAUUAUUGACUUCCUACUUUCAAAUACGUCCAUCUGUUUUUCAGAGGCAAAUAGAAACAUUGGGUGCUCCCCGUUUUAAAUGCAUUUCAAUCAUUUGAAACUUUGGAAUCGCUACUGCUAUUAAAGAUUUACAAGCAGCUCUCCUACACACUUACUCAUGACUUAUUGAGUAAUCCCAGCGUGAAGCUUGCUGAGCUGCCCCCAGGAAUCAGAAAUCUGGCAAAUUAGAACAUCAAAUAGUACUGGUAGCCUGCCAUUCAACACAGCUGAAUUUGGAAAACGUAUGGAAGGCAAACAUCCACAUGCUUCUACUGAAAGUCCUCUGCCCACCAAAAAAACCCUUCAUUACAAGUCAAGUUUAGAACAGGUGCCUCUAAAGCAAUCUUGCUGCAAAGUCCAGCAAUUUAAAAUCCCUAAAAUAGUUAUAACCACAUACCCUAAAGAGGCUAGGCUUUGUUUGAAGUGUUUGCAAAGGUUCUUUUGGAGGAAGGGGGAGGGG